CCGGUUGAGUUCAGCCUCUGCAUAAGGUUUUUUGGAUUUACCAGUAUUCUUGCGUGGUGCUUCUGUUAUCCUACUUCAUCCGUGAUUUUUCUCAGCUGCCUUUGCACUUUGCAAUUCUAUAUCUUCCAGGGAUAUAUUUUGUUUGUCGUAUGUCCAUCCAGAAUCUCAACACAUUCGACCCCUUUGCAGAUGCAAUCAAGGGUUCAGAUGAUGAUGUCCAAGACGGUCUUGUGCAUAUAAGGAUCCAACAACGAAAUGGUCGCAAGACCUUAACAACAGUGCAAGGACUUUCAUCUGAAUAUGACUUGAAGAAAAUAGUGAGAGCAUGUAAAAAGGAGUUUGCCUGCAAUGGGACAGUAAUCGAGCACCCAGAGUACGGGGAGGUGUUGCAGCUGCAGGGGGAUCAGCGAGAAAAUAUAUGUCAGUGGCUAACAAAGUCAGGUCUGGCCAAACCUGACCAACUAAAAGUCCAUGGUUUUUAACCAGCAAACACCCAUGCCACUAUCUAAGAACACUCCACCUUCAUCAACACCUUAUCAUCUUAAAUUAUCUGUAUCAGUCACUAAUACUUGUUGAUACAUCGUGAGAUAUCCUAUUAUAUACACAUAUAUAUUUCAAUAAAAAAUAUAUAACAGUAACGAUAUAGGCACAAUAUUCUAAUCAGACAUUUGUAAGAUUGUAGGAAGCAAUAUUUUGCAGCCUUAUGAUAGAUAAUUCACUAAACUCAUCACGUUUUAAAGUAGUAGUGAUAAUUAAUUAGUAAUUUGAGAAAAUACUUAUACAAGGAAUAGAUACAAAUAGUAACGGAUGGCUCUUCUUUUUUGGAUUAGGUAGUAUGUAUCUCGGCGCUAUA